UGCCUGGGCCGGAUCCGGGCUGUCUGAGGGGCGCGAAGACCUGCGGGGGGGGACGGCCGCAGCAUGGCGGCUGGCAGAGCGUCACCUUGCCCUCUGCCUUCCUGUUGCAGCCGCCUGGAUACCGUGGUCCGCGAGUGCUCGCUGUGAGCCCGCCGCGCGUCUGCCCGCCGUCCGCCCGCCCUCCUUCCCGCGUCGCCUCCGCCAGCCCGGGGGACGGCCGGGCGCACCGCUGUCCCUCGCGCCGCGCCCACCCGCCGGAUCCCUGGGACCAUGGAGGACAUGAAGCUGGAGUUCCCCUCGCUCCCACAGUGCAAAGACGACACCGAGGAGUGGACUUAUCCUAUGAGACGAGAGAUGCAGGAAGUUUUGCCUGGAUUGUUCUUAGGCCCAUACUCUUCUGCUAUGAAAAGCAAGCUUCCUAUAUUACAGAGACAUGGGAUAACUCAUAUAAUUUGCAUACGGCAAAAUAUUGAAGCAAACUUUAUUAAACCAAACUUUCAACAAUUAUUUAGAUAUUUAGUUUUGGAUAUUGCAGAUAAUCCAGUUGAAAACAUAAUACGUUUUUUCCCUAUGACUAAAGAAUUUAUUGACGGAAGCUUACAAAAUGGAGGAAAAGUUCUUGUCCAUGGGAAUGCAGGAAUCUCCAGAAGUGCUGCCUUCGUUAUUGCAUACAUCAUGGAGACAUUCGGGAUGAAGUACAGAGAUGCAUUUGCUUAUGUCCAAGAAAGGAGAUUUUGUAUUAAUCCUAAUGCUGGAUUUGUCCACCAACUCCAGGAGUAUGAAGCCAUCUACCUAGCAAAAUUAACAAUACAGAUGAUGUCACCACUCCAGAUAGAAAGAUCCUUAUCUGUUCAUUCUGGUACCACAGGUAGUCUGAAGAGAACACAUGAAGAGGAGGAGGAUUUUGGAAACAUGCAAGUGGCAGCUGCACAGAACGGCUGACUCUGAGCACUGUCACACAAAUGUGAAUGUGUCACGCGGGUGUGAAUUUCUGUUUAGAAAGGAGGAGAUCCUAGUGAUGAUAAUGUAAAGUGGUAAAAACACAAAUAGUUUCUUUUCAAUUAUAUGUUGCUUCCAGACAUGUUUCUCUGCAACUUGUUGAGCAACACUUUAAGAUGUUGAACUUCUACAGUAGAUGGCGCUGGUGGGUGAUGGGUUUGCUUUAAAAUAACAAAACAAAAAACACUUUAUGGUUUUAUUGUAAACCAAGAAUUUUGGACUUGCAAAAAGGUAUUAUUGCAAUAAUGCACUUUUCAUACUUGAAGUUUAUUUGUAUGAUAUAAAGUUAUUACUUUAAACAAAAUGCAAGUUAGGGGGAUUUGUUUAUAAUUUUUGGAUAAUUUAUAACAAACAAAUUUCCUAAUGUUUCCUAAAAGCUCAUUUUGUGUUAUAUAUAUUACAUUUAAAGUAAUUUUACAGUUAAAUUUUGAUGGAGCCUCUUACAGAAACAGUAACAAAAUGUAGAACUCUUUCACAUUUUUUAAUAUAAUUCAGCAACUGAAUUACCAUUUUCUUUAACUUUUUUGUCCCUUAUUUUUAAAUCAUGAUUUUAGCCAACUAUCCUACUUUACUAAUUUAAUUAAUACUUCCUUUCCAAUUGCCUUCCUUAUUGUAAACAAGAAAAAAAAGUUGUAAUGAUGAAAGAGGUCUUAUUUAUUCAAAAAUAAGGAUAGUGUUAUAUUUCCACCUGCUGUUUUUCUUUUUAUUGUUUGUUUAAGCCAAAUGUUGACUUGGUCUUUACAGAGUUGCCUAGCCCUUUUAACUUUUGUCCAAGAUGGUUCAAAGUAGACUUUUAAGAAACCAAACCAAUGUAGCACUGUUUCUUCAAUAUGAAACCCCCAAAAGAAAAGUGCCUUGCAUUAACCAAUUAAAUCCUCAUGACCUCUAAAUUAGAUAGCAGUAUAAAGCUAUUAACAUUUUUUUGUAAUUUUUUUGUUUUUAAACCAUAAAUUAAACUAAAUCUGUGAAGCUUGAAGAAAGUAAAUUAUUUGGAAUAUGAGACAUUUACUUCAUUUCAUGUUGUCUUGCUUCUGUGAGGUUCUUGACUGCUUUGAAAAUUCAUUGGAUAAAGCAGUUUGUGGGUGGCUUCAGGGUUUUGUAAAUUACUGUUUUAAUUUGUUCUUAAAUUAGUUCAAAUUUACCCCAUAAUUUGCAAAGUCACUUUAUGGCUCUUUAGUUUUCCAUGAUUUUAUCUAUUUGUAUAAAAGUUGUUCUACAAAAACCAUUUUGCUAUUUUAAAUGUGAUGUGCAGAAGAGAGAAGUGUUUUAGCCUUUUGUGUUUGGUGACUUUAGGGUAGCACAGACACAGCUCCUUGUAGCUCUGUCCUCUCUCGAGGUGCUUUACUGCUGGGAAUGAUGUCUACAUUUCCAGGGUACUGUGAGGCACGGUGUGAGAUAGUGUGUUACUUUCUUUCUUUGCUCUCCAUUCUUAUGGUGUUACAGUACAGAGAAGGCUCCGUCCUACAACAGUGGGAGCCGAAUGUAAACCAGAAGUACUAUUAACUAGACUUAAUUUCUCUUUGGAUUUCGCAUUCCACCCUAAAACCAGCAUUGUGAUCACUGUUCUCUUGUGUCACUGGUAUGGCAGGCUAGUGGAGUCAAGAUUAUAUUGGGUGUUCAAAAUUCCUGUGUACACAUCAUCACUGGAAAGGUCAACAGAGAUCUCUCACAGUCCUAUGAUUCAUUGAACAGAAAUUGUGCUUAAUCUCCAUAAAAAUGAUUUUUCAAAAUGAGACAUUUGAAAUUAUUUUUUUAAGUUUCAUAAAAAUACACAUUCUAUCUCUUUAAGAGUUUGAGAAUUACAGAAUAGGUUGUUGAUAGUCAUUUAUACCUGGUAAUUUGUCAUUUUCCUAACCAGUCAUUUUUAUGUUUUCACAUAAAGUGCCUAUCCAGCACGAUAUACUGGAGACAGUCUCAGAUAUUAGAGACUGCCAUCACCUUGAACACAGUUGAUGUGAACAAAUGAGGUUUGUUCUUUCAUAAGAAGCCUGUAUUUACUAAGUAGCUGUCUUAGGUUCCAUUUCCAGUGAUGUUUUGUACCAGUCAGCUAUGAUAAACUUAACCAAUCAUGUCUUAUUCUCUAGACAAACUGAAUGAUACAUGAAUGUUCACCCAGUUUCAACAUUAAUAUGUAGUCUGGGUUCAGAAUUAAGAUUUUUAUCAAAAUAUAGGGAAACCUCAUUUCCCUUUUUGAAAGUUUUGAGACAGAUACUGAACUUUUGGAGUGGGGUAUCUUCUCUUAUUUUAACUGGUUCAUGUUAAUUUCUUGUCUAUUAUUGUAUCAACUCUGUAGUAGGAAUGUUCAAGUGUGAUAGCUUUGCUACCAACUUUGAAUCACUUGUAGAGCAGAAUAUUCAUUUGCAAGGGUAUGGGGUUGUGCUUAAUCUCAGUCUAGAAGUAAUGUCAGAAAUGCUAAGCAUGUCCUUUGUAAGAAAACUUAAGGUUCCUAAUUGUUUAAUUACUAUAAUUCAAAUUAAUUAGAAGUAUUUAAGUGCAAUCUUGAAUUAUGAAGUUGAGAUGUAUAUAUUAGGAUCUCAACUUGAUGUAAAGUAAAUGAGCAGUUACCUGACGGAUUUUUUUUUAAAAAUAACUGGUUUAACCCAUAAUCCUAAAGCAUAGCUUCACUUCAAUAUUUACGUUAUUUUUGUCCAUUCAACAACACUCCAAUAAGGAAAUGAUAGGAAAUAGCUGAGACUUACUCAAGGAUUUUAUUUAUUUUUUUUAAUUAGGAAGAUAAGUUUCUAGAGUCUUGAGUGCUGGAUAUUCUUUGUCUUUCCCAUUCAUGGCAGCUAAAACAAAACAAAAAAAUCACUCAAAAUAUUCAGGUUUACAUGUUAAGCUCUCUCACAGGGAGCGGCCAUACCUCACAGUUCAAAGUGUUUUUUCAAUCAGUCACAUGAUACUGACAUGUAAUUGCAAUUUACUAUGCAGCAAAAAAUGAUUCAAGAAGAAUAACAUACAGUGUCUAGUUACCUCUGUAUAGGCAAUUGCUUACGUCACUCUGCUUUUAACGUUUGUACUCAGAUAAAAAUGCUUCUGUAUGUAUAGGAAUGUCACAGAUGCAAGAUGCUGCUAGCCUGGGCACAAAGUAUUAAAAUUAUUUUGUGAAGACU